AUUCUCCGCAGUAUGUUUCAUUAUAGACAGUCUGCUGAACUUGUUUACCCAUGUUUUGUACAGUGAGUGAUUGAACCUCAUCACGAACUCCACAGUUUUAUUAGGACACAAACUCCACAAUUUAUUAGGACACGGAUUGCAAUUUGUAUGGCAGUAUGUUAAAAAGUAGCAAAGUUGUAAAGAGAGGCUUUAACUCAGGGAUCAACUUUUAAUUUGUUUCGGACAUGUUUAUACAAAAGUUGAUAAGUUAAAACUCACGUAAGUGUUCGGAUGUACCAAUGAAAAUAUUUAAAAACCAUUUUGGAGUUAACAACUGAGAUAUGAUAAUGAAGAUAAUUGACUGUCACCUGGAAAAUUGAGUGUUCACCGACUUUUCUUCAAUGGGGAACUUUUCAUGUACCAGGGUACUUAUUGCAAUUUGAUGUGACUUGGUGCAAGAGGAUGUCAUUUUCAGAUCAGCAUUUGAUUGCAACAUUAAUUUUGUAAAUUUUGAUAAGAGAUCUUUCAGUAUUGAGAAAACUUGGAAAGUUCAUGGUUUACAAGCUCACCUGAGUCAGUCAGACAUUGUUGAAUUUUGCUAAAUGAGGUCAAAUAAAUAGGAUGAAUCAGUCUCUAGAGGAUCCUGAGCAUUUCUGUCACUAGAGGAACAGAUUUCAGCUCACCUGAGCAUUUCUGUCACUAGAGGUAAUUAUUUCUGUUGUAACAGUCCUUGGAUAGAUGUGUGCUAAACUGAAGCUGUUGGUAAAAUCUGCACAGUGCUCUCCAUCAGCACAGACAUACCCAUGUCUAAACCAGGAAAAAAGAAAAGCCUGAGGUUGGGAGAUUUAGGUCUCCCCCUCACUAUGAAUAUGUCCUACCUGAAAAUGCUCCUUAAGAAGGAGCGCGAUAAAGAUCCCAGAUAUAAAAGAAUGAAGGAACGGUCUCGGAUUGACCAUAACUCGAAGCACCAGUUUGUGCAAGCCCUGCAACCUCUACAACUGCCAUUCAUAGUCCCAGUACCCACACAAAGCCCUCAACAUGCCAACAUCCAGCAGCGGUCAAAUCGACUGAAUGCUGAUGGCAGUAAAUACCAGACCUCAUCUCAACAGAUCCCCACCAAACAGCCCUCCUCCCACCACACCACCCACCACACCAAUCAGAACAAGCACAAGGCAGGGGUCUCCUACACUGAGGGUGGUAAGCUGGUGGCUGCUGUAGCUCCCACAACAACACUCCCUCAGCUUGGCCACCAGAACGAACUGAAGAACGCUCACCAGAAGCAACACCAUGAGAAUGACUCGAGCACUCUCCCCCAGCUCAACAAGAAAAGUGAAUCGUACACUCGUCAAAGUUCCUACUCUACUAUCAACACAGGUACUCCUGACAGGACAAAGAGGGAUGCUUAUGGGAACAAGCUGCCAAUGACUCCGGGAGAGGCUCUUAAGCAGUUUAGAAGUAAAUUGACAGCUUUUGAACAGACAGAGAUCCUAGAUUACCCAGAAAUUUGGUUCCUCGGCCUUGAAGCAAAAAAGAUCGAAGGUGUUCCCGGUGGAGCUCAGAACAAUGGAUACGAUGAUGAAAAUGGAUCUUACAUCAAGGUCAUGCACGACCACAUGGUGUAUCGAUAUGAAAUUCUUGAAGUGCUGGGUAAAGGUUCGUUUGGUCAAGUGGUCAAAUGCUAUGACCACAAGACAGAUCAGAUGGUAGCUGUCAAAAUUAUCAGAAAUAAGAAAAGAUUCCACCAUCAGGCACUGGUGGAGGUAAAAAUUCUCGAUGCUCUUCGGCGGCGAGACAAAGACAACCAGUUUAAUAUCAUCCACAUGGGGGAAUACUUCUACUUCCGAAAUCAUCUCUGUAUCACAUUUGAGCUCAUGGGGAUGAACCUAUAUGAGUUAAUCAAGAAGAACAAUUUUCAGGGAUUCAGCAUAGCUUUAAUUCGUAGAUUUGCCUUCUCUCUCCUGCAAUGCCUUAAAAUGUUGCACCGAGAGCGAAUCAUUCAUUGUGACCUGAAGCCAGAAAACAUAUUACUACGACAACGAGGUCAAAGUUCAAUUAAAGUUAUAGAUUUUGGAUCCAGCUGCUAUGAGCAUCAAAGAGUGUACACAUACAUCCAAAGUCGAUUUUACCGGUCCCCUGAGGUGAUCCUAGGAUUACCUUACUCCAUGCCUAUCGACAUGUGGAGCUUUGGUUGUAUUCUGGCAGAGCUGUACACAGGAUACCCUCUGUUUCCCGGGGAGAAUGAGGUAGAGCAGCUGGCCUGUAUUAUGGAAGUCUUGGGGCUCCCUAGUGGAAACGUCCUGGACCAGGCCACCAGGCGCAGGCUGUUCUUUGAUUCUAAAGGCAACCCCAGAUGUAUAACAAACAGUAAAGGAAAGAAGAGGAGGGUGGGGUCCAAAGACCUCCAACAGGCCGUCAAGACGUGUGAUGCCAACUUCCUGGACUUCAUAAGGCGGUGUUUAGAGUGGGACCCAAACAUUCGGAUGACACCAGAGGAAGCACUGCAGCAUGACUGGAUCAAAGAAGGCCUGGUGAACCGUAAGGCUAGAGAUUCCAACCGAUCACAGCAGAAAGCCUCCCAUCGCCCAUCCCCAGCUGUGUCGGACCAGAACAGCGAAUCUUACAAACCUACAGACCCGUACAAAGUGCCAGCACAGGUCCCAGGCAAAGAACGGCAAAAAAGUGAAGAAUGGAAAGUGAAUCUGAAAGAGAGAAAACAGAGUGCCAAAAGGGUACCCCCCGUGGGGGCCUCAGCCGAGCAUACUCACGACGAACACAGUGCUAGAGCUCCCAGUGCCAAGAGCAACAAGGGCAGUGCCAGAAAGGACGACAGCCACACCGUGGUCACUGAGGAGGUCAAGAACCUGGCUGGAGGUCACGCCCCAUACCACCCCAAGGCUGACAAUCACCCCACAGAGGACUCCAAAUUCUUGCCACCAAUUGGGAAAUGAUCCUCCCUCUCACGGAAGUGACAAGAUUUCCUGUGUUAUUGUCUCCUUGCUCUUGAGAUGAACAUUGAAAUAUUAUAUGGCAGAAAAUUAUGCUUGCAUACUGAGGCUUGUACCAGUUAUAUAUUUUUGUCUGAUACACACUAUACACAUAAACAUGUACAUGGCCAUUUUUCAAUUAUUUAGGAAAAUUCAUCUUGCUGCAAAUUUAAUUAUUGAACUCUAAAUUGCCUUUCCAGUGUGGCAUUUUUGCAGAUUUUACUCCAAAGCAUCCGUCCAUUGCAUUUUAAUUUUUCACUGCAUGUCCAUAACAGUUUUUGAAAACAUUUUUACAAAAGAUUAAAGCCAGAUAUUUUUUCUCAAGAGCAUAAGUCACCUGACCAGUAUUAUUAUUUACAGUACUUACAGUGCGAAUACGUCGAUCCUUGUGAUCAGUAUUUAGUAGACCAAUGCAUGCAGUCUUUACGUCCAGAAUGUGUAAUUGUUCUAUGUGCAACAUGUGUAUUUAUUUUUUAACAGUUUUUACUGAAUGCAUUUAAGUAUAAGCACAUUGUAUUUGCAUUUAAAAUUACCUUUUUAUAGUCAUUGUACAUGUUAAGACAUUUUGUUAAAUAUUAUGCUCAAUCCAGUCUCUAUCCAUUGUAUGUACUGCAUUGUGUAUCCGUCCAGUGUUCGAUGGUAGGUCAUGUGAUACAUAUAGGUCACAUGAUAAGUAUAAGGUCAUGUGAUACAUUAUCUUGCAGGCCAAUGGUAUACAUACUGAUUAUAUAGUGAUAAACCUUUUCUAUAUUUUAGACAGGGUACAAUAUAUAUUGUAAUAAAAAUUGAUUUAAAAAGUGAAAUAUAUAAGUAAUACCAGUUCAUGUACAUUUAUUAAUCUUUUAAAAAAAAUGUAUGAAAUAAUGUUAUUUUAGUGAUAUAAUUUAAAGAGCAUAUUUUGUGCAUUUUUACUUGUGAAUUUUUUUUUUUUUUUCACAAACGAAGUUUGUGGGGGGGGGGGGGGGGUGGAAUACUGGACAUAAUUUGUCCAGAGUAUAUCUUAAACACAGUGAGACAGAUUUGAUUAAAACUUUGUCAAUAUCUUAUUUGAAUAAUGAAGUUGUGCACCUGCUAUUUUGAUUGAGAUUUUUUAUCAUUCAAGGAAGUUAGAUAUUUUUUUUCCAAUGGGUGGGUGGGGGGGGGGGGUGUUGUGUUAUGUUGUCAUUGUUCAGAGUAUAUAUCUUAACAACCAUUUAUUCUCCAAAGAGCAUGAAUUCACCAUUUCCCACCUUCCAAUGUGUCUUGUGAGGGGUGUUAAUUCCAUUAGGACAGCUCUAGAUUUAGUUAUGCCAAUGCAGAUGUACUUUCUGUGUUUGUUUUGAUAAGAAUUUAGGAGGUAGAGUUUGACUGAUCCACAUUUUCAAGUCUUACAAUAUCAAAUUACUGAUACUUAAGAAAUUUUUUGAUGUGUAGAUUUAUUCAAAAUAACAUAUAUUUUUUUAGCUCGCCAGAACGGCUGUCCGGAGAGCUGUUAUGACCCCGGAGUCAGUGUCACACUUUAAGGAAACAAGUUUUACCUGGGCCAUAUCUUUUGAACCAAGGGGAAUAGGGUUUUGAUAAUUUACAUAUAGAUGCCUCAUGAAGAGACCUAUGUUUUGAUACAGACAUUAAACCUAAUGACCUUUGCCUUGAACUUUGACCUACUUUUCUAAAACUUUAACCUGGGCUAUAUUUUUUUAACCGAGAGGGAUAGGGCUUUGAUAUUUCAAAUAUAGAUGCCUCAUUAGGAGACUUUUCUUUUGUUACCAGAACUGUUGACCCUAGACUUUACCUUCUUUUCAAAAACAUUAACUAUAUCUUUUGAACUAAGGAGUUAAGGAUUUGAUAUUUCAAAUUUAGAUGCCUCAUGACCAGGCCUUUUGAUAUGGUAUCGAGACCCUUGACCUAGUAACCUUGGACUUUGAUUUAUUUUUUAACCUUUUGAACUAAAAGGGAUUGGCUAAGUAGAAUCAUGCUUCCCGGCGAGCUAUGUUGUUUUUUGACAACUCUUGUUAUACGUUCUGAUUGAAUUAUACACAAAUUCUUUUAUCCGGGCAUUUUUUAUUUUGUUUCUACUGAAAAUGAUGUAGGCUUAAAUACUGGAUUUUGCGUAAGUGGAGGUACUGUAUAAUGUUAGAGAUAUGUAUGCUUGUAAAUGUGGUUCACCAAAUAUCUAGUCUACAAACUAGUUAUUCAGAAAGUCAUCAGGGAAAAUUAGUGUAGUUCAUUAGAGAAGCCCAGAAUUGUUAUGAAGUGCUGAGAAAUUCCUGUCCUUAGAACAUUAUGUGAAUUGGCGAGUAAAUCUCGAGACAAAGUUUUAGUCUUUUAGUUGAUGGUUCUUCGUUUUUUUUUUUUUUUUGGUUUUCGCUGAUGUUAAGGAAGGAUUGAUUAAUUAAAUGACAUGUACCUAGAUUUCAGAAACAGUAAAGUUGUAGGUACUAUAUAGCUGUGGUGACUAUGUAUCAGUAAAUGGUAUAUUACUGUAUCAGUUAAGCAUCUUCCAUGAUCAGAUAUUGUGAUAAUCUUUGUGCAAUAUACAUUUUAGGUUAGAAUUUUACAUCGUCUUUUGAGAGUCUUCAAUGUAUAGAUAUGUACAGUACUUACAAAAUGGACUGUAGAUAGUUCUUAGAAAGAGAAAUUACAGUAUUUAUUAUCAAAGAAAACAAGCAGGGAUGACUUGUCAAAAUAAAAAUCCAAGAUUUGUUUGUUUACAACUUAACAUUUCAACACACCGUUUUGUGUCAGUGUUAUUUAUUAUAUGUUGGUUUUUGUUUUGUUUUUUCAAUACAUUUUAUGUCAUUCAUGUAACUGUGUGUGUGUAUAUAUAUAUAUAUAUAUAGAUGAUGAAAUUCAGAAUUAUACAUUCAAUAAACAUUUGUUUACCACUAGCAAUUUCUCCAUGUUUUUAUGUUUCAUCAGGCAGUUCAAAUAUAAUACAAAAGUUGUUUGAAGUGACAUGGAGAAAGUGCUAGCACUAAGCGAUUGUUUUUUUUUAAUUGACUGUAUCAUUCUGAUUUUCGUCAACUAUAAAAAGAGCAGUGAUAUCUUCUAUAAAAUAAUCUGAUUGAAUCAACUAGAAUCAAACAAGACGUUCUUGCUGAUUCAUUUAAAGCAUUCCACUGUGUAAGUGAAGGAAUCCUUAUAAACUAUUUCUUGUUAAAAUUUGUUAUGUUUGUGUGAUGAAGUUAUGGUGAACAAAAUCUAUAAAGCCAACAAAAUGAUG